AAGUUAAAUAAUUAUACUAUAAUAUUAAAGUUAUAUUUCAGAUAGAUAAGUAAUAUAAAUAGAAAAUUUCAUGUCAUUUCAAGAAUAGAUAGAUAUGAAAGUUCAUCUUGUUCACAGUAAAUAGUUUGUUUGGCACUCACUAUAUUCCAGACAUUGUACUAAAUGUUUUACAAUUAUCAUAUUAAACUGAGAGGUAUUUACAGGUGAAGAAACUGAGGUAAAUAAAAGAUCAAGUGGCUUGCCCAGGGACAUAUACUAGUAAGUGUCAGAGACUGGAUUUGAAGCCAGGUCUUCCGGGAUCUAGGCCUGAUAUUCUAUUUACUUAGUGGGAUUGUGGAUUAUCCCAUCCUCCUGGAAAAUAGUUUGAUAUUAUGCAGAAAUCUUUGACUUUGAACCAUGUUCAUGACAGGAAAAGUAAUAACAAAAAAUACUAAGAUAUUUGCCCCAGCAUUACUAGCGACAAAUAAUUAUGGAAACAAAUUUUGUGUACUGAAUUGGGCAUAUACCUAAAAAAAAGUGGCUUAUGAAUCUGACUUUAAAUUUAAAUUUAAAGUAAAUUCACUUUAAAUAGUGACAAAUUAAUCAGAGAAACAUGAAAGUUUGUAUAUUUCAUUCAGAUAAAAGAAAGCCAAAUAAUAAUAAAACAUAAAUGAUGUAAACAAAAGUAAUAUAUUAAAGCAGAAGAAAAUUAAGAUCAGAUGUAAUGGCCAGUGUUGGCUCUAGACAGUUGAAAUUGGCAAGGGAUCAGGGAAGGAAGGAUGGGAAAAGUAGUACAGAGUUCUGGGCCAAAACCAUAGGUUCCUGCUGACUGAAAUUAUAAAUUUCUUAAUUUCAGUAGUUAAAGACAGCACAUCCAAAAGGAGAGGCAUUAAGUGAAAGUCCAGAUAAUAAAGAAUAAUCUGGAUAUCCCAAUAUUGUAUAUUCCAGGAAGAAUUUACCACUUGGGAAAAAAGGGGUCCAACGAGGAAGGAAGCAGCUGAAACACCCUCUUCUUCUUUGGAAGCCAUUUUCAUUUUUUCUUCUCUUCAAUGAACGAUACUAGAUUUUUGGUGUUAAACAACAAAAAUAGGAUUCUUCCUUUCCCCUUUGCAUUAGGCAAGAUUCCAAUUAUUAACACACUAGCUGCCCUUAAGAAAGUUACUGCAGUAUUGUGUUUAGUUCCAGGCAGUUGAAAAGGAGGUGCAAGGUCAUUUCUGGAACAUCUUGGUCACAUCAAAUGACUUACAAACAAACUUCUCAAACUCUAUUUGCAAAGGUACAGAAUGGUGUAAAAAAAAAAAAAAAAAAAAAAAAUUUAAAUAAACAUCCUGUAGGGAAUGCCUUCAGAUGGUUAAUAAAGUAUAGAGUAUAGGAUAAAAGUUGAGUCUGGAAAGUGAGAACUGGAAUGAUUGUUGUGAAAGCUACUUGAAUUUCAAACCAGUAGUUUUUUUUGCCCUUUGCCAUUCCUAAAUUAAAAGAGGACAAAUUUGCAUUUUUAAGCUAAAGAUUAGCCAAAGUUGUAAAACAUUUUGUACUUUUUCAGGUGCCUGUAGCUACUCCCAAAAUAUCCAACCACACUGAAGAGUGCCUCAUUUUCAUUUCAAAUUCUUGAUGUGAGCUGACCCCAGAUGUUCUGCCUUUUCAUCAUUUUGGUGACUAUAGAUAUGACCUGAAAACUAGAUGACUAGGUUUAUAGCUCCUGCAUGAUUGGCUGUCUGCACCAUGGAACUCAAAGUAUGGGUGGAUGGAGUCCAAAGGAUCGUUUGUGGGGUCACUGAAGUCACAACUUGCCAAGAGGUUGUAAUAGCUUUAGCUCAAGCAAUAGGUCGAACCGGAAGAUACACACUAAUAGAAAAAUGGAGAGAUACAGAGAGGCACUUAGCACCUCAUGAAAAUCCAAUCAUUUCAUUAAACAAAUGGGGACAAUAUGCCAGUGAUGUUCAACUGAUAUUACGUCGCACAGGGCCAUCUCUUAGUGAGAGGCCAACUUCAGACAGUGUUGCUCGAAUACCUGAGAGAACUUUAUAUAGACAGAGCUUGCCCCCCUUGGCUAAACUGAGGCCUCAGAAUGACAAAUCAAUAAAAAGGCGAGAGCCAAAAAGGAAAUCUUUGACAUUUACAGGAGGUGCCAAAGGACUCAUGGACAUUUUUGGAAAAGGUAAAGAAACAGAGUUUAAGCAAAAGGUUCUCAGUAACUGUAAGACGACAGCAGACGAAUUAAAAAAGUUGAUCCGCCUUCAGACAGAGAAGCUUCAAUCCAUUGAGAAGCAGCUUGAGUCCAGUGAUGUGGAAAUUAGAUACUGGGAACAAAAGUACAAUUCUAACCUGGAAGAAGAAAUUGUUCGUCUUGAGCAGAAGAUCAAAAGAAAUGAUGUAGAAAUUGAAGAGGAAGAAUUUUGGGAAAAUGAAUUACAGAUCGAACAAGAAAAUGAGAAACAGCUGAAGGAUCAACUUCAGGAGAUAAGACAGAGGAUCCUAGAAUGUGAAGGCAAAUUAAAAGACUAUUUAGCUCAAAUUCAUAGUAUGGAAAAUGGACUAGAGGCAGAAAAGUUACACCGGGAAGUACAAGAGUCACAGGUCAAUGAAGAAGAAGUAAAAGGAAAGAUUGGGAAGGUUAAAGGAGAAAUUGAUAUUCAAGGACAACAGAGUCUGAGAUUGGAAAAUGGCAUUAAAGCUGUAGAAAGAUCUCUAGGACAAGCCACCAAAAGGUUACAGGACAAAGAACAGGAACUAGAACAGUUGACUAAAGAACUUCGGCAAGUCAAUCUUCAACAAUUUAUACAACAGACAGGAACAAAGGUUACAGUUCUACCAGCAGAGCCCAUUGAAGUGGAAGCCUCGCAUGCAGACAUAGAAAAGGACACAGCUUUCCAGUCUGGAUCCUUAAAACGGCCUGGUUCUUCUCGGCAGCUCCCCAGUAACCUUCGGAUUCUUCAGAAUCCAAUUUCAUCUGGCUUUAAUCCUGAAGGCAUAUAUGUAUAAUAAUAGCCGCCACUUUGGGAAAGGACCAGUAAAGGUACCACAGGACCGUACCAUUUUCUUCUCUUGGAAUAGUGCCAAUGAUGUGUGGAAGAAGUAUUUCAUAAGCCACUGUAUCUUUUGUUUUCUCCCCCAUCUUGCAAAUACUUGGAGCCAUACCCAGUGCACUGAUGCAGAUGAACAAAGGAACUGUGUUUCUGAAUAUCAACAGUGUUGAAGUUUCUGUCCAGCAGCUGUAAUGCAAAGCUGUCAUUUUUAUUUGUAGCAUUUUAAAAGCUUUAGGAAAAGUAUUAUUCUGUGUUUAUACAUAAAUAAAACAGUGUCUGAAGAGAAUGGAAGAAAAAAUGUGACUGACUUAAAAGUUUAAUUUAUUCCAUUGAAGUGAUGGAUGCCUGAAUGUUAAUGUUUUAAUUUUUUUUUUUUUUUUUUUUGCUGUUGCUUGUGACUGAUUACUUAAAAUAUUGUAUGAACCUGAAUGUGUGUAUAUGUGUCCAGACUUCACUUAUACCUUUAUUCAUAAUAACAGAAAUGUUGUGGGGUGCUCUCUUUUGCAUUAUUGCUAAAAGAACCAUUUUGUACGUGUUGUGUGGGUGGUCUCAUCCUUUUCUUGAGACACAUUUUGGGGGAGUAAUAUGGCAUUAGCUUGGUCAAUUCAUUUUUUUUUUAAAUCUGGAGAGUUUAGCCUUCUUUGAGGAUUUUCCAGGACAUGAAGGAGAAUGCACUAGAUAGAAAUAUUUUUAUUAUAUAGAAUGUAUAUUUGUAAGUUUCUGCCAUAUUUCAGACCCUAUUGGACAAAAAAGUGAUUAUUAAAUAUCUUACCAAAUAGAUUUGGGAUUAUAUGUGGAUUUAUUUUUAUCAGCCCCCCAUUUUUUUUUGAAAAAAAAAUUGUUCUCAUUAACCCUUAGGAUAUUAAAAUACAAUUGUAGAUUAAGGUCAUCUCUAUAUUGAAUGUGACUAAAUGAUGCCUCCUUUUAAAAGCCCGCUUCAUAUGUAGGGCCUACCGAAACAGAUAAUAUGAAUGUUACUUUCUGGAUAUAGGUAAUUAUAGAUGCUGGGUCACUGUGCCUUCUUAAUCACUUAGGCAAAGAGAAGGAAGAACCGGGGGUCAAUACAUCCUACUGGGAAGAAAAAUAUGAAUUCAGCACUUGUUUAAAAGUUUUAAAGUAUUGCUGAUGAAACAUCAUGUUUCAAUUUAUAUGUUCCACUUAAUAAAACCAAAAAUAGUGUAAUUACCCCCAAAUAAAAUAAAUGACUGCCUAAAAUUCACAACUAAUACUCUAAUGUAUGUUACUUGUUAGCACUUUUACAUUCCCUAUGACCAAAAUCCAGCAUUUCAUAAAGCUUUAAUCUAUAAAAGAAUGAUUUUUUUUUUAAUCUGGAAAACAUGCACUCUGUUUUAUUUCCUUAGCAAAACAAAAGCUUGUUUCAAUGUUUUUAAAACAAUUACCCAAAGCAGAUUUUGGCCUAUUCCUGAAGGGGAAGUUUGGAUCUUAAAAGUUGUAAAUUCAUUAAUAUCAUAAACACAUGACUGUUAAACUUCCUAAGAAAAAAUGAAAGAGGCCAUAAUAUACCUAGGUUCUUUCCAAGGAAAUUCAGUCCUUGAAGCAAAAUUAAUUUCACUGAUCCAGAUAAAUUGGAAAGUGUCAAAUAAUCUCCUUAGCUUCUACCUCUCCAAAAUGAUUCAAAAUGCUUGUAUCUGAUAUUUGCCACUAUUACUGAAAAUAAUUGGUUUAUAUCACUAUAUUUUGGAAUAACCGGGAUAUUGCUUGGGCCUUCACAAUUUUGUUCUCAGUUUACAUUAGUAUCUUUUCCUUCAGUACUUUUUUCUUUUUCAUUAGAAAAUUGGGAGUAUUUUAAAAGUCAUCAUUUGGGGACUAUAUAUUUCGAGAAAAAUACUGGAAGAUGUACACCCAAAUAUAUGCCUUACUACUUUUUAUCUAGAGACCACUUAUUCACAAGGAAAAGUCUUCUUGAUUAUUAACUCUUAAUGCAAAAUACAAUUUAAUGAAAGAAUAUAUAGAAAAUUAAGAAGUAAAGAGAAAAUUGAAAGUGGCAUAUAAUCAUAUACAUUAAUAUGAAUGCUUUCUGAGACUUCUGGAAAGCUGGACAUGAGACUCUCUAUCCUCAUCAUCAUUCUCAAAAACAUCAAUGUUCCUUUCUGAAUAGAAAGUAUAAAGUAGCCAUGUAUUUAAACCUUUCUCAUGGCUCCACAAGUAUAUGGAGAGACCCUUUUAAAAAGGGAAAGGGGAAUGGUUAAGAAUCCAUUUUCCUUAAAUAAUUUGGAAAACUUUGAAUUCCAAGCCCAAUCAUUUAACCUGCCAUGUACAAAAAUGGCCAUGUCUUUGGCUUAAAAAAAAAAAAAAAGAAACUAACUUGCAAACUUGAAUAGCAUAGAUUACAGAAUUUAUGUUUACAUGCUUUUUAUAUUAUCUGGCUAUUUAAUAUUAUACACUAUUUUAAUACAACAGAUUGCCUUCAAAUUUGUGUUUUACUAAAACUUUCAGAAACAGGGCACUGCAAAAUCUUUUCUACUAAAAACUAAGUUGAAAAAACAUUGGCAUACUUGCCUCUGGGUGUCCCUUAUUCUAUGAAAAUUGCCAAUACAUGUGCCUAAGUGGUUUUGUUGUGCUUAUAAGAGAUUUUUUUGUUCACCAGCAUCUGCUUUUCCUUUCAAUGCACAAGGGACAUAUGUGUAAUUUCAAUUAGCAUUAAUGGAAGUUGCAUAUACAAAUCCCUUGUUCAUCAGUACUAAGAAUCAGUAGGUCAUUGUUUAAAGAGAAAAGAGACUAACAAAAGGAAAAUAGGAUCAAAUUAGAAACGUAUUUAAGAAGGAGCAAAAACUGGGACCAUUUCACAACUAACUAUGGUACCUGCUUUAAAAAAUUUUCUUGUGAAAAGGAACAAAUGGUCUUUAGAUAAAGUGAUGUGUAUAUCAUUCCAGGUUUAGAACUAUGAUCGAUCUGAAUCUAAAACUUUUGAUUUCAGAGGGUGCAGAAGGAAGUGAGACAAUGGGCAAAUUCUAGUGUUCCUUACCUUUACAUAAUUGGGCCUUAAUUACCUAUGUAAAUAAAUGGUUUUCAUAUCCUCUCCCCAAGUUGUUAUGGCCUAUAUUGUAUUAAAAUAGCAAAGAAGUGUUACUUUUAUAUUAUGUCCAUUAAAAAAAAAAAACAUUGCAUGUUUAUACUAUUUGCUACAGUAUUUUAACAUUUUGGAUAAAGGCCAUCAGCUGUAUGGAGAAGACAAAAACAAUCACUAUUUAUUCAGUAUUACUGCUUUAUGUUUUCAGAAUGAAGCUUUCAAUGCUAAUACAGUGAUUUCUUGAAAGCUGCAGUAGCUGUUUUAAUGCAUUUUAUAUAUUUUUAGAAACCAAAAUAAAUGCAGAUAACUAUUUAGUAUAUUAUGUUAAACCAGCAGAGAUAUAAUGGCAAUAAAAUAUAUACAUGUUAUAAAUAUAUCUAUAUAUAUGAAUAGGGAAAGGGGAAAGAUUUUAAAAUAGGUUUACAACCAAACAUGGUAUCCGUCUGAAAUAUAAUUUCUCAUAUCCCUCUUUUUUUUUUUAUUGUAAGGUACUUGAUUAGAAUAUUUCAGUUGUUGCUGCUUUACACAGAAAAUGCCAUGUUCACUAAUUGUGAAUACAGGAAAACAGCUUUUUCGUGCUGCUUUGCUUAAAUAUAAAUCACAGUUCUGUAAUCUGUAUUAUAUGUAAUUAUUCUUUUCUUUUGACUGUCAUUUCAAAAAUGUAUAUUUUCUGAUUAUUAUCAUGAAUUGUUAAUGCUAUAAAAAACAAAGGAUAAAUAUCUGAUAUUCUCCUAUAUAAUAAAUUCCCAUGAGUAA